AUGUUUUGGCUAUGUUGUUUGAUUAGUAUAAAUGGUAAACUAGAUUUAUAUACCACAGGUUACCGAAAAAAUAUAAUUAUGACUCUUGAGUCAUGUUUUUGGGCAGCAUUCGGUGCAAUACUACCGGAUAUUGAUCAUUUUAUAGCUUCAAGAAGUACGAGCAUUGAACUUGCACGUCAACUUCCUGGUAGACCAUUUUUACAUUGGGCUGGUUUAUAUCUACUUAUUUAUACUCUUUUAAUUAUUAGUUUAUUUUUCAUAUCUUAUCCUAUAUGUUUAAAAUUCAAUAGAUUUUUCACUAUAUUUUGGUGUUUCAUAUUUAUUCCAUUUAUAAGUCAUAUUAUACGUGAUGCAAAUAAACGUGGUUUAUGGUUAUGGCCUCCACCAGAUUUGUAUACAUUAAUGAAUCUAUCAAAUUUUACAUAUAAUAUAAUAUAUCCUAGUAACCCGGGAAUGAUUCAUUUAAUCAAAAUACUUUUAUUGUAUUUAGUUGUUUUAAUGUUUAUCAUUUUAGUAUUCCGUCAAUAUGCUUAUUCUUUUCAUUGGGAUAUAUCCAAUUUUGCACCAAUAACAUCUUAUUUUAUUGGUAAAAGUAAUGAAUUUUAUAUAGACUAUACAUUUGUUCACUCACUCUAUUGGUUGAAUUCAAGGAGUUUGCCAUAUUGCUUAACGAAUCAAGCAUUAUCUUGUUUAAUCAUUAGUAUUCGUUCAAAUGAUGGGAGCUCUCAAAGAUGGAUUGCACGUCAACGUUCAGAUCCUUACGUAAAACGUGCUCAUCUUGAAAGUUAUAGAUGUCGUAGCGCAUUCAAAUUAUUACAAUUAAAUGAUAAAAUUUCCGGUGGAAUUUUUAAACCUGGUGAUAUUGUUGUUGAUUGUGGUGCUGCACCAGGAUCAUGGUGUCAAGUAGCUUCAUCUUUAACCAAUUGUAAUAAUAAUCAUUUCAAUGCUUCAAAUAAUCAAAAUAAAGGUUUAAUAAUUGGUCUUGAUUUGUUAAACUUUGCACCAUUACCUGGUGUUAUUACAUAUUGUGGUGUUGAUUUAAAUAAUUGGUCUGAAUGUAUAAAUUUAAUUAAUCAAUCAAUUUCCAAUCAUUUUAACAAUAAUGAUAGUGGCGGUAAACCGUUACAAUCCGAGAGACAGAAAUCACUGCCGGGUGUUGAUAUUGUUCUCAGUGACAUAGCUCCAAAUGUGUCAGGAAUGCGUGAAAUCGAUAUACCAGCUAUGAUGACAUUAGCGUAUAAUAUUUUACGAGUAGCAAUCAGUGUUUCAAAAGAAGGGGCCAGUUUCGUGAUUAAAUUAUUUGAAAGUGCGGAAGCUGAAGAAUUUAAACAAACAGUUUCACAGUUUUAUACAUUAAAUUCAAAGUGUUCUUCAUUUACGCGUUUUAUUAAACCGGAAGCUAGUCGAAAAGAAUCAUCAGAAAUCUAUUUAGUUGCCAGAGGUUUUCAACUUCCUCAAAGUAAACAGAACAAUUAA